AAGUGACAUUCUACAUAAGCUUUAGGCUCGGUGUAUUAAUUAAUAAGGACUACCUAACAGGCCUCUAGGUAUAGCAACUAGGGUACUACCUCACCACUAAAACUCCCCUGUACUAGACAACUGGGGUAGAGCAGGUAGCCAACAGGCUUCACUACUAAAUCUUCAGAACGUAUAGGUUGUGGAGGCUAUCUAGGUAGGUAAUGCAAGGAAAUCGAGCUUCGGAUAUCAGAUUAUUUCCCAACUAACAAAUCAAUCUGAUUAAGACCAACAUACCUACCCCUCUACUUGGCCCCUCCAUGAUUGUCCGUCGUAAGCCGCCGUUACACAUAAUAAAUACCCCGACGUUACUUAGAGCGAUGAAAAGAAAAUGCUCCGAUCUCUGCUUUUUUAGGCCAAAACACGCCGCCCCCCUCAUUGCUAAUAAAAAAGAGUCGUAUAGCAGGGUUUAUAAGCAAACCACGCAAUUCUAUUCCCCUAAACCGUCGCGAAUAUCACGAUAUAUCGAUACAUAACAAUUAAUCAACAUGGCAGACGAAGCAUGGAAAGAUUCUCACCAGUUUCUAAAGCUGUCGGUUAUCCAUUGGCGCGUACCAGGCGUGUCCGAGGAGGACUACCAGAACUGGAUCCAUAAGACCAUCAUUCCCCCAAUGAUGCGCCUUGUGGAAAAGCACAACAUAGUCCACUAUUCGGUGACUAGCACUCCUUCUUCCCUGCACCCUGAGUGGAACGCUAUGAUAGCCGGACUUGGGAGGGGACCCGCCUGGAAAGUAGUUGACUGCGAUAUGAUUGUCAACUACUGGCUACGCAGCAGCGACGACCUGAAAGCCCUAGCGACCGACCCGGACUAUCCGAAAAUAACAGCCACAGAAAAAGACUUCAGCGACAAAGACCAUGCUGAGAUCAUUGUCGGGUACGAGACGCUAUACUUGGUAAACGGCAAGGUCGUAAACACCGUAGCCACGGAUAUCUGAGGGAGGCGUUGAGUGAUGUACGAUCGUAGAUGGUGGCGAUGUUCCAGUACAGAGGAUUGCAUAUGAAACUCCGAGCGGAAUGCUGGCCGAUGACACGGGAUAAGCAAUAUUACUUCUUGUGAACCUUAUAAUACGGUCUUUAUUUAACCAUUUCCUGGGUAUCCUAGGUAGUUACUAUACGAAUAUGAAUUUUUGCAGUAUGAUAGGGCGGUUCGACAAUCGAUGUUGCUGACAAUUCUUUUGGCUCUCACGCGUAUCCUGAAGGAUGGCGUAAAAUGUACCCGCUAGGUAUGCUGGUAUUGAUUAUCAACCAUCCCUGAACAUGUAUUCUUACAGAUUAAUACUUUUCUAUUACUCAUUUUAACAUUACUUGCGUGUGAAUUUUGACACACUGCACUUGUUCGCAUCGUUGUCUAUCGCUGCCGGUGUCGCCGUGGUUGUGUAGACGUUUUGAGGUUUUACACGAGUCCAAUGGCUAGCGCCAGCCAUCGAAAAUCAAAUGUCGUUCUAAAAAGGGAAAAUAAUAAACAAAGAAUCCUGCAGAUAGAUGAAUAAAUGCGCCCAGUCAACAUGAAAAGAUAGCUCAACCUAUUCCCCUGGGAGAGAUAAAAAAACAUAUUGAUAAAAUUCGACUAC